UCUUCAUCAUCGUUAUUCUUCAGUCGGUCCAAGUCGGUCUUUGAAGAACCAAGAGGUAUCGCGUGUAACCGCAUUAGGCUGUUGAUUUCAGUGAUCCAAAAUUAGAAAUUUGGUUAGAUAUGUAAAGUGGGAAUCAAUUAGUCCUUGCAGAAGGGUUGAAUUUUUGUGAUCAUCUAUUAUCGGUAGUAGCACGGAGGCGCUAUAUCCCUUGUAGGUUAAACACAGAGGUGUAAGUCAAAUUUAACCUUACGAAAUAAGGUAUUUUCAUGCACCUUAGGCAGUAAAAAUGCUGUCAGAAGUAGACGUUUUUAUCAGUAACUACACCCUUGUUGAUCCUGAAAUUUACCAACUAUGGGUUGACGGUUUUUCUUCAAGCGAAGCGGUCAAUACUUUAAACCUAAGAGGAAUUUGCCAGCAAACAAAUGCACCAAUUGAGCUGGUUGCAUCGGAUGUCCUGGAUCAUUACCGAACCUACAGCCUGCUGGAAAGGCUACUUCAAAUGCCGCUGCAGCUGGCAUCGGAGCAAUUGGCCUUUCAAAUUGAACCACAGACUAGUCAAAUGUUGAUAGAGAUGUAUUACGAGUUUGACGAUGCAGUUGUGCGUGACUUUCUAGGCAAAAAAUUAUCCGCCAAACAUCGGAAAGAACUUGACGAAGUAGCUGAGAAAACCGGAGUCUUAUUGAAAAGUUGCCGGAGGCAAUUUGAUAAUGUUAAACGGGUUUUGAAGGCUAUAGAAGACUUGCCUGGAUCCUUAGUCACAAAUAUAAAACAGUACUUCCUUCUGCCAGAGGAAUUGGCGAAGCGUUAUGCAGCAGUGGUGUUCAUAGCUUGCAUGCGAUUUGAAAUGAACAAGAAGAAGUUGCAAUACUUAACGUUUCCCGAUCUUUACCACUGUGCAAAUAUCAUGAUGUCUUUAUGGACGUACCGCUACACAGGAUCCGAAUAUUUUGAUACGGAUUUGGACAGAGAAUUUUUGUUGGAUUUACCAGAGUGCAGAGUUUUGUUGGAAAACGACAAACACCACAAACAUUUAGUUUGCAUUAAAUUGAAGCCAACAUUGCUGGAACGGUCCUACCAGGAACUGGACAUGAACUUCCGUUCAUAUUCCCGUGCAAUUAUCGGAAUAGCAUGUAAUCUUCACCGUAGCAGAGAGCUGCGCUCUUUUUUUUUGGAGCUUGUCGAGAGAUGUUUAGAACCUUGGCGACAAGUAAACUGGUCUCACACAGACCUUCGCAAUUUUCUCGGCGCUUACACUCAGUGCGCUCUUGACAUGGAUGUCCUCAGGGAAGCUGAUUUGAAGAACGCAUUUGAACGUUAUAUGAAAGUAGUGACAAGCUGCUUGCUGCGUAUGUAUCGUCCGUAAGUUCUUUAUUUCACAGUAACUUGAUGACUAUGAUAUUACUAACUACAAAAACAGUCAGAAUAUGAUACCAUGAAUCCUUUAUCACAUUUUAUUUAUUUAUCUUCAUUUAUCUACCCCUGAUCAAACCACGUGAUAGUAAAUAGUGAUCAUACCUACACAUGUAUGUAUGUUUACGUAUCAUAUCGCUGGUACCCACUAAUCGAUUACUACCACCUAAGAGAUCUACUUGAAAGGUCAUUUUUUCUAAUCUCCAUGGUAUGAGAAUUUUAUUACUCGCUGUAUAAUGAAACUAUGCGCUCUUGUGGUUUUGUAUUUUUUUGAAAAUUUAUUUAUUCAGUUAUUUGAGGGGCAAGAGGGGAGGGGGUAUUUUAAAUAAAUAUUAGAUUUGCGCCACAUACCUACAAUAAAAUAUCUUUUCUGAGUUCCGUUCCAAAUCUUAGAUUAUGGCCAGCUGCCUCGGAGCAGCCAUCAGCCACUUCCGAACACAUAUUAUUAUCAAAGCAAACUGUACGGAGUAUCACAGAAAAAAGUCUUCACUCCCAAUUUUAUUUGUCGUUAAAAAUCGCUCCUUGUGAAAGUAUUAAAUAAAACUCAUCCUCCAUGUACGAAGUUACAGAGAAUAACACGA